CUCUCAACAACAACAUCAACAUCAAAAGAGCUGCAUUUUUCCGUCUUGGCUAUCGCAAGUUUCCAUCAGCUGCUGCAUUUUCCACCUCUAUCCCUCGAUUCCUUCCAUCUUCAAACAUGGCUUCCGCUACCAGCUUCUACGACUUUAAGCCGCUUGACAAGCGCGGCCAAGAGGUUCCCCUGGCCGACUACAAGGGCAAGGUCGUCCUCAUCGUCAACACUGCCUCCAAGUGCGGCUUCACCCCUCAGUACGAGGGCCUGGAGAAGCUCUGGACCGACCUCAAGCAGAAGCACCCUGAUGACUUUGUCAUCCUCGGCUUCCCCUGCAACCAGUUCGGCGGCCAGGAGCCCGGGUCCGACGAGGAGAUUCAGAGCUUCUGCCAGAUCAACUACGGCGUCAGCUUCCCCAUCAUGCAAAAGACCGAGGUCAACGGCGACGGCACCAACCCUCUCUGGGCCUGGCUCAAGGAGCAGCAGCCCGGUCUUCUGGGUCUCAAGCGCGUCAAGUGGAACUUUGAAAAGUUCCUCGUCGGACGAGACGGAAAGGUCAAGGGCCGCUGGGCUAGCACCACCAAGCCCGAGUCCCUCGAGAAGCCCAUCCUCGAGGCUCUCGCUGAGGAGGUCAAGGCUUGAAUGGUUUGAUUGAAAGAUAUGGUUUUUAUGUGUCCCUAGACUCCCCUCGCUUGAUAUGAGAUACCCAACCGAGAAAAGGGGCGUGGAUGAGAGCAUCUUUGGCGGAGCAUAAUGGAGGCUCCAAAUGAGUUCAUCUGCUUAAUGAAAGAAUUUGCAUGAUC